AUGUCUCUUCGAGCCACCAUCGUCUUGAGCCUCUCAGCUCUCGCUGUAGCUCUACCACAAGACGACAACGAUUUCGUCUACGACCCAAACACUGCCGUCACUUGUCCUGACGGCUGGAGCGCCAACACAGGCAAUGGCGGCGAUCCGAACACCUACUGCUGCCCCGGCCAGUCUAUCGCGGACUUCACCCCAGGUGGCAUAUACGGCUGUGCGAUCGGAUCAACCACUAUUCCCUUCACCAUGGCAGGCUACACGUCCAUCGUGAGCUCGCUUGCGGCGCAAGAGUCUGGUGGUGCAGUGGAGUCGGAGUCGAUGGGAACGACUGUUAUGGUAUCGUCGUCCGCUGAAGAGACUUCGAUGGCCACUGAGGAUACGGAGACAACAAGUAUGGGAUCGGAGAGCAGCUCCAGCGGCGCCGGUGGUGCGCAGGCUACCGAAUCUUCGACCACCAGCUCUGGUAAUGGUGCCGCAAUGAUGACUGCUGCUCCAAUGCUUGGUGCUGCUGCUCUGGCUAUGCUCGCACUCUAG